AUGUCGUCACCGCCGGCGCGCUCGUGGGCGCUCGUGACGCUCGCGUUCGCCGUCUUCGUCGCCGCGGCGCCGGUGUGGAUCUCCGUGGGGGCGAUCGCAGCCGUCGUCGCGACGAUUAAAGCGACUCUGGGCGCGCGCGGUGGCGAGGCGAGCGGAGACGGGACGCGCGUCGGCGCGGAUGCGGACGACGCGGGAAAAGAGCCGACGGCGAUGCCAGUGGCGAAGACGACGGAGAAGACGACGAAGCGAACGAGUGCGAUAGGUAUAACGAGCGCGGCACCCUCAGAACCGGUCGCGCUCACGGGAUCGGCGGCGAUGCUGGCGAAGAUGCGUAAGAGCGCGGCGGUGACGGGCGAGACGCGGGACGCGCGCGCGGGGGAGGCGACCACGGCGAGCUCGAGCGCGGCGGCGGAGACGGGGUCGGGAGAUUCCUCUAUUCGCGCGUUCAUUUUGCACGGCGGUGAGGCGGCGGGACAGAUCGCGAAAGAUUUGGCCGUCGAGGCAGAGCGUGACCACGGCACGCCGGUUCGCGUGCUCAAGAUGGACGAUUUCCGUGACAUGGAGUACGAUUCUGCGCCGUGCGUGGCAAUUUUCGUCGUGGAGACGGUUGAAAAUGCGCAGCCGGCCGAAGCUGCUGGAUCGUGCGUCCGAUUCUUCAAUCGUAAACGUAAGGAGGGUACAAACGGAGACAUGCUCAAAGACAAGUUGUUCUUUGCCGUUCUGGGUCUCGGCGAUACGAAUCUAUUGCUCGAUCGCCAGACCACGACGGCGAAGGAUUGCAACCAAUCGGCACAGACCUUGGAUUCUGCGCUCGCCGCGCUCGGCGGCACACGCAUCGUCGAUCGCGGCGAAGCAAACGAUGCCAUUGGUCUUGACGAAGACGUCAUACCGUGGUCGAAACAAAUGUUUCCCAAAUUUGUCGAGACGAACAAGAGUUUGGAAGCGACGAAGAGCGCAAAAUUGUGUUUUUUGUACGGUUCUCAGACGGGUAACGCUGCAGAGAUUUGCAAAAAUCUCGCCGCUGAGGCCGGAGAGAAGGGCUACCCUGUUGAGGUGUGCGCCAUGAACGAAGUCGAACCGGGUGACGUGUUGAAACCAGGAGCGGUCAUCACGUUCGUCGUUUCCAGUACAGGGGAUGGCGACGCCCCCGAUAACUGUGAUACGUUUUUCACUCGACUCAAGCGCAAGGCGAAGAAAGAGAAGGGUCAGGGAGGCAUCGGAGUUCAGUACUCUGUUUUAGGCCUCGGCGAUCAAAACUACAGCGCGUUCAUGGCUGUUCCGCGAAUGUUUACACAAAUCAUGGAAGAUCUCGGAGCGAAGGCUUUUGCGAAACGCGCAGAGUGCGACGAUACCCUUGGUCUUUACGAGCAAGUCGACGCCUGGACGAACGCUUACUGGGCGCGUCUCGAAAGCGCUCGCGUGAAGUCGCACAAACUGCGCAUCGGCGAGACCGUUGAGGGAGACGUGGCGGUCGCCGCGCCGGAGGCCCAGGUCAAGGAAAUCGAGGUGCCCAAGAAGCAGAGCAUUGAGGGCGUUCCGCCGCUACCCAUCUGUCGAUGUGAAGUCGAGUGGAUGCCAAAGACAACAGAAGUGGACGCUUGUCCGGUCAAGCACGGUCCAGACUCGGAUGGAGCGUACACCGUCACCUCACCUUACAUGGCCAGUAUUUCCAAGCGCGAGCUACUCACCAGUCCUACAUCCGAUCGUCGAGUGUUACACUUGGAGUUCGAUCUCGGAUCGAGCGCCAUCUCUUACAAACCUGGGGACUCUAUUGGGGUGAUUCCGCAAAACGACAAGAGCCUGGUGCAGGGCAUCGUCGCACGUCUCGGUCUUGAGGCGGAUGCCGUCUUCACGCUCAAAUGGAAAAAAGGAGACAAUGAUGAGCAUGCAACGCACCCCUUACCGCACGUGCGCACUCCGUGCACCGUCGAAUCUGCCUUUACAAAUUUCAUCGAUGUGACCGGGUGUCCGCGCAAGUCGCUUCUUCGAUUCCUCGCAGAACACUGCACCAAUGCGGAGGAGAAAGACGCGCUCUUGCACUUAUCUUCUCGUGGUGGACGAAGCGAUUAUGAAGCUCAGAUCCGAUCGCAGUCACCCACUCUGUUGACACUGUUGGCACGUUUUCCAAGCUGCGCUCCCCCAUUGGCUGAGCUAUUGGACUCUCUCUCUCCGCUCGCGCCAAGAUUGUAUUCCAUCACGUGCUCUCCGGAAGUGGCACCGACGAAUCCUUCGGUUGCGUUCAGUGUCGUCAAAUUUGAAGCUCCGAACGGAGAGGACCGCCGCGGAGUCGCGACCAACUGGCUCGACGCCCUGUCCGAGAGUGCUCAAGUUCCGGUGUACAUCAAGCCAAGUCUGAAGUUUGGAUUGCCCGAAGAUACUGCCGCGCCGAUCAUCAUGAUCGGCCCCGGGACCGGUGUGGCCCCGUUCCGCGGCUUUCUUCAGGCCAGGCGCGCCAAGGCUAAGAAGGGUGAGAAGUUAUCGGAGGCAAUACUCUUCUUUGGCUGCCGAAGACGUGACGAGGAUUUCCUGUACGAGCAAGACUGGCAGAGCUUCGUCGACGACGGCUCUCUCACUAAAUUCGUGUGCGCCUUCAGCCGCGAGACGAGCGAAAAGGUGUACGUUCAGCACAAGAUCCAGGAGCACGCCACCGAGGUCGCUCGCUUGAUCUCUGAAGGCGCAUACAUCAUGGUGUGCGGCGACGGGGCGCACAUGGCCAAGGACGUCCACGCCACGCUCAUCCGAGUCAUCACCGACGCCGGCGUCGUACCAGACCAGAAGACCGCGGAGACCCUGCUCAUGGAUUACACCAAGUCCGGUCGCUACGUCCGCGAUAUCUGGAGUUGA